AUGGCAGCCGCUGCUUUGAUGAGCCCGGCUCCGGCAUAUCACCCACAUGGUCCGAGUUUCCCGCCCUCGUAUUCACAUCAACCUCCUUCAGGUCCCAUGCCUGGACUGAUCUCCCACGUGGAGUCCUCCCGGAGGACCUCCAAGGACUCGGAGCCCUCACAUAGGCAGUCUCUUCCCUCGAUAUCCGAGAUGUUCAGCGGGAAGCCCACGGUCUACUCCCCGACGACUCCCACCUCCAUGGCAGGCUCACAGAGCCUGCCGCCACCGCCGCCACCGCAACAGCAGCCGCAACCGCCGUCCUCGUUUCCGUCGUCAGCGUCAACCCGGGCGGACCCAGGUCCGGCCUCCCAGCCUCUGCCGCCACACUUCUCACAGAGACCUGAAACGACAGGCCCGCCAGGUCCGGUGUACCAGUACGACCAGCGCGAGCUCUCAAAAGCUCCUGAGCACAAUCAGAGGCAUAGCGCCUUGUCCAAUCCUCACGCGCCACCUGUAUAUCAGCCUCCGCCGCCCGGGCAACUUCCUCCAGGGCAACUGCCUCUGUCGCAGGCUCCUCCCAUGUCGCCACGGCAUAUGGGUCCCAUGCCGCCGUUCGACCCUCAACGACCCCCACUGCAUGGCGAAGAGGAAUACGGCAUUCAACGUAGGUAUGAUUCAAAUAAUCUGAACCGCCAUUUCGAAACAUGGAAUUACACGGAUUGUCUCCAGAGGAUUGCAUGGAGCUCUAGGACAAUCUGCAACUUUGCUGAGGCCUAUGCGAACAUCGCUUCCGAACAACACGGCGGCCAACCAAUACCGCAACGGUUACCGACAGAACGCGAGGUCGCUGAAAUGUUGGGUAAUGUGGAUUACCUUCGAAAAACAAUCGAGAACGUACGAGACGUGGUUCAACACAGUAUUGCCAGCGAAAAGGCGCGCGAGGGAGGAAAACAUAAAUCUUCUUACGACGACGACGAGGUUUCCAUGUAUGGAGACGGGGUGAAGCAACAUUAUGGGAUUGGUGAGGUCAAGAAACGCCGCGGUGUGAGUGCCUCCUGA